UCACACACUCACCAUCAGGCGUUGCGUUGGAUAUGCGCACCCUUACUGUAAUAGUAGAAGCUACUACCGGUAGGUUGCGUUCAUCGUUUCGGACCACCCGUUUGGGCAAUUAACAUCGGGUGCUGCCGGAGCGCGGAAAUCGAUAUGCAGCCACGAGGCUCCACAUGAUUUCCAGCAGCCCCCGAACGUUGAUCAACUUCAAAAAGAUGCGGCACCUCGAACGGCUAGAUUCAGUUUAUUCAACCGCCCCGAAUCAUUUUUUAAAUCAGUCACGGACCAGCCAUUUCCUCUGCUGCCAAUUAAACACUAUGGCUGGGUCGCAGAAGACUGACGCUCACGUCGAAGACAUGUGGCAAUUAUGCAUCGGCAAAGACAUCUAUCAAGUCCCUAAGCCCACUGUGGUGCUUGAUAGAGCCAAGAUGCAACGACACUGUCAGUCUCUGCUGGAUGCUGUGGACCACCUUGGAGUGGACUUUCGGGCGCAUGUCAAGACACAUAAAACCAAGGAAGGUGUCCGUCUGCAAGCUGGCGAAACUAGAAGAGAUGUCCGGUUGGUGGCGUCGACUAUUGCAGAAAUGGAGUACCUACUGCCUGUUCUGUAUGAGUUCAGAAACAGCGGGCGGAAUAUCAACGUGCUAUAUGGUAUCCCGCUGCCACUGUCCCAAGUCGGGAGACUCGCGGAUCUUGGCCGGAAAUUGGGCCGAGGGAGCAUAUCUAUUCUCGUUGACCACAUAGCCCAGCUAAUCCCCGUCUCCCGGUUUUUCGAACAAGCGGGAUUCCCAGUCGACGUAUACUUAAAGGUGGACACGGGUUAUCACCGCGCAGGCCUUCCACCAUCCAGCAUCAAUAAAGACGAGUUAGUCGUUAGGUUGAUGCAACUUGAAGGUGAGGGAAAACUCCGCUUCGUUGGUCUCUACUCCCACAGCAGUCUCAGCUACAACGACUCGACGCCGAAAGAGGCAAUGGCCAAUCUCGAAGGCGAAAUCAACGGCUGCCUUGACGCUCUGUGUAGCAAUGCACACAUGUUUCCCAAAGGCAAGGACAUUACAAUUAGCGUUGGGGCCUCGCCUCAAGUAACAGCAGUCCAAAACCUAAUGGCACCUGAAGACAACAUUUUUGAACACACCGAACGAUUAAGGAAAACAAUGCAAAAGGUCAUAAAUGGCUACCCGGCUGGGCUCUCCACAAAGCUGGAACUUCAUGCCGGCGUAUACUCGGUUCUCGACGUACAGCAACUUUCCACCCGGGCGCGGGUUCAGCUUGGCGACUAUGAGGAUGAAAUUGCCAUUUCUGUCAUGGCAGAGGUCUGCAGCAUCUACAACAAUGGCGAGCGACGGCAGCCCGAGGCUCUUGUUGCGGUAGGCGUCUUGGGGUUGGGGCGAGAGCCAUGCGCAGCAUACGAGGGGUGGGGCGUUAUCCAUCGUGAUGCAUACUCUCCUGGGGCAAAACCUAACCGCCGCCUGAUUGUCAGCCGAGUCAGCCAAGAACACUGCAUCGUAUCAUGGGAACGGGGAGCUGGGGCUGAGAUCCAGGGGAGUCUGCCUCCGAUACCACUUGAAGUCGGUCAGACUGUUCGCAUAUAUCCAAAUCAUGCUUGUAUCACUGGAGCCUUGUACGGGCGCUAUUUGGUGGUGGACUCUUCCAGCGAUGGGCAGGAUGAGACUCGAGUGGUUGACGUCUGGACAAGAGCAAGCGGAUGGUAGUCUCUCGCGGGUGUACUUACCGGUUACUUCUGGAGGAAAAGUCACAGGUCCCAAUUGUUACCUAAAGAACCCGUAAAGUGAUUGCCAAGCA